CUCGUCCGAAUGUGGCUCCGACGAUAAAAAGCGAGCCGUCAUGUUUCUGUCCCUCCCUCUCUGCCUCUGUCCGUCGGCCAGGCUGCUGCUGCACUCAACCUCCCCGGAACAAAACACCCGAAAGCAACCAUGUCUGAGAAACUUCCCUACAAAGUUGCCGACAUCAGCCUGGCUGAAUGGGGACGUAAGGCCAUCGAUAUCGCUGAGAACGAGAUGCCCGGCCUCAUGAAGAUGAGGGAGAUGUACGGUCAGUCCAAGCCUCUGAAGGGCGCUCGUAUCGCCGGCUGCCUCCACAUGACCCUGCAGACCGCCGUGCUCAUCGAGACCCUCAUGGCCCUCGGUGCUGAGGUUCAGUGGUCCAGCUGCAACAUUUUCUCCACUCAGGAUCAUGCUGCCUCUGCCAUUGCCAAGGCUGGAAUUCCAGUGUAUGCAUGGAAGGGUGAGACCGAUGAGGAGUAUGUGUGGUGCAUUGAACAGACCCUGUACUUCAAAGACGGUAAGCCCCUUAACAUGAUCCUAGAUGAUGGAGGAGACCUCACCAACCUGGUCCACCAGAAGUACCCUGAACUGCUGCCAGGUAUCCGUGGAGUGUCAGAGGAGACUACUACAGGUGUCCACAACCUGUACAAGAUGAUGAAGAAGGGCGAGCUGAAGAUCCCCGCCAUCAACGUCAACGACUCUGUCACCAAGAGUAAGUUUGACAACCUGUACGGCUGCAGGGAGAGUCUCAUCGACGGUAUCAAGCGAGCCACCGACGUGAUGAUUGCUGGUAAAGUUGCCGUGGUGGCAGGCUACGGUGACGUCGGCAAGGGCUGCGUCCAGGCUCUGCGUGGGUUCGGCGCUCGUGUCAUCAUCACUGAAAUCGACCCUAUCAACGCCCUGCAGGCUGCCAUGGAGGGUUAUGAGGUUACCACCAUGGAUGAGGCUUGUAAGGAAGGAAACAUCUUUGUCACCACCACUGGCUGUGAAGACAUCAUCAUGGGACACCACUUUGAGAACAUGAAGGACGAUGCCAUCGUUUGUAACAUUGGACACUUUGACUGUGAGAUCGAUGUCAGCUGGCUCAACAAAAACGCUGCUCAGAAGAUCAAUGUCAAGCCUCAGGUUGAUCGCUAUCGUUUGAAGAACGGCCGUCACGUCAUCAUCCUGGCAGAGGGCAGACUGGUCAACCUGGGAUGUGCCAUGGGACACCCAUCUUUCGUCAUGAGCAACUCCUUCACCAAUCAGGUGCUGGCUCAGAUCGAGUUAUGGACGAACACCUCCAAAUACCCUCUUGGAGUCUACUUCUUGCCCAAGAAGCUGGAUGAGCAAGUGGCAGCUGCCCACUUGGAUAAACUGGGGGUGAAGCUCACCAAGCUGACAGACAAGCAGGCCAAGUACCUGGGCCUGCCCGCCGAGGGGCCCUUCAAACCGGACCACUAUCGCUACUGAGCUCCCGCUGCCAGCCUGGGGAAGUGAAGAAGAAGAAAGAGGAGGAGGAGGUGUGGCCAGAACAUUUUUGGUGUAGCAGGGUUUGGUGGGUGGGAGCACUGGGAGGGUUUAACCCAGGUUGCACUCUGGGUGCGAUGUUUGGUUUUCAGCUGCCAAAUCUCAAUGAUUCAGGGACACAAACGGACAGUUCUUGUGUUUGUUUUUCGCUUUAAAUAACCUCUUACAUCCAACCGCUAAAGACAUUUACUUCACAAGUUGCAUCUCUGCCUAUCCAAGCGGUCAGGCAUGGCUGAAGUUUGGAACCUUGUUCUGCUAUUCAAAGGCGAAAUCAAGCGUUAUCUGCUCACCUGCUAGUGUUAAAUGAAUAACUUGUGGUCGACUUACUGGUAGUUAACUGCAUCUACGCAAAGCUUCCAUCAGUAGCUUUAUGUAGGAGUUUGUGGACAUUGGAAGGAGGAACAUAUUACAUGUUAGUUUAUCUCAUCUUACUUUGCGCUGACACACCAAUAUCCUCGGCCGUCUCUCCUCUUUCUCAUCAACGCUCUUCUGAAACACCAAGUGCUUCUGUGGCUGUAAAAGACAAUUCCUCCUGUUUAUGUCAUUCCCUCUCCAUUUAUGGAAUAAAAUAAACCCUGAUCCUUUUCUAUCUAAACUCAUCUGUCCGUCUCAUAGCGGCUCGAGGUGGAAGGUGACAGAACAGGUUUUUCUUCUGUAUCUUGACGAAUCGAGGCAAACGGUUUUAGCGUUCAGCAGCCUUAUUCCAGUGUUUUCACAUUAACACUGCUCUGUGUUGGCACUUAAUUACAACUGUACUUGAAUUGUGUAAGAAACUGAAGAUGCUCAUGAAGUGAUUACUGGGUGUGUUUACUGCUUGUCCAGGUUGAUCGGUAGAAAGACGCGCUGCCGCCAAAGUAACCACCAAAGCACGUUAUGUUUUUUUUGCCUGAUUUCUAAGAGUCUUAUUGAUUUUGUUGCCUCAUUUUCUUCCUUUUGUUGUGAUUAUUUAAUCUGACUUGAAGGGCCAAAACAUGUGCGACGCCCCCCUCACCCUCGAUUCUUUUCAUUAUUCACUGCAGCCAAUCAGGCUCUUCAGAUGCAGGGUGAUGCUGAAGUGGUCAUCUCGUCUCUCAACGGUUAUAGACUGAAGUUCAGCUGCUUGUAAAUGAUGGAUUGAUGUUGAAACUAUCAAGUGACAAUGGAAAAAAUAAAAAACAAAAGUCAAA